AUGAUCGAAAUGUGCCAAGGGUUCUUGGCGAAUAUGAACAGUUCGAGCACUUCCUCCUUCUGCCACUUCUUCGAGGGAACGGAGAAACUGUUGGAGAUUUGGUUCGACAAAUACGACGACAAUGAGGCCGACUGUGAUCUCAGACACAUCCAGAGUUCAAGCACUUCCUCCUUCUGCCACUUCUUCGAGGGAACGGAGAAACUGUUGGAGAUUUGGUUCGACAAAUACGACGACAAUGAGGCCGACUGUGAUCUCAGACACAUCCAGAGGAAAGCGUGGGACUCGUUGCUAAGUUUUGUGAAUUGUAAGAUCAUCUCGUUCAAACGCAAUGAACACUUGGAUGCCUACGUGUUGAGACACUGGUGGGGCCGCCCUGACCUCCCGUUUGCACCCCAUACGGGAAUAAGGGGUCACUCCAAUGAGAGCUCACUGUUUGUAUCAAAGAAUCGCAUAAUAAUCAAGACGUGCGGCUCAACCACACUAUUGCGAUGUCUGGAACCGCUUCUAUAUCUUGUUAAACAAAUGGCCGGUUUUGAUGAAGUGGUGGACAUCUUCUAUUCGCGCAAGAAUUUCAUGAGACCUGAACUCCAGGACGACUCGCACCGGACCUUCGAGAACGAGGUCGAGGCACUCGACAACCUCUUUGAUGAUGGCUCGGCAUACUGUAUGGGGCGUAUGAACAGCGACUGCUGGUACUUAUAUACCCUAAACUCGCCCCAAAUGGAGUCCAAAUCGUUCAAACAAACACCGGACCAGACAUUUGAGGUGAUUAUGCAACAGUUGGACCCGAAGGUGAUGAACAUAUUCACCCGCGCGGUGUCGGCGUCGGCCAAAGAGGCCACACAGAAGUCGGGCAUCGAUAAGCUGAUGCCCGGUAUGACGAUCGACGACUUCUUGUUCGACCCGUGCGGCUACUCUAUGAACGGUCUCAUUAAAGGGGGCUAUUAUGUAACGAUUCACAUAACACCGGAGCCUCACUGUUCGUACGUGAGCUUCGAGACGAACGCCCCGCACAACUCGUACCCGGAUCUGGUGAACCGACUACUCAAGGCAUUUGCACCUGGCAAGUUUCUCAUGACUAUUUGCGCCAAUGAGUCCUCGUCGGCGUACAACUCGCAGAAGGAGUUCCGUGGCGUUGAGUUCGCGGGCUUUGACCGCAAAGAGCUACAGGUGUGUCGGUUCAAGAACUACGACAUCACGUACGGGACGUUCGCCAAACCCAACAGCUGAGGCCUACUGAGCGGCCUGUGGUCUGGACACGGCUUUAAACACCAUUACAAUAAACGACACAAAUUUAAUAACACUACACACUAUUAUCGAUACAAACCAAUAAUCCAACAAAACGACUAUGAUGAAAUCACUAUUAUAUUACUUAUCAUUAUAGAUAAUAUUAGCGCUUGUUUUCUAAUCUAUUUUAGGCUUUCCUUGUUUUCAUUGCAAAUAUUUUGGGGCAGAAUUUCCUGAGACCCGCCGGCAGGGGCUGUAACGGGACUCUCACUCUAUUUAAAUAUAUAUACCUAUUAUAUGGACACUCAGUGGUCACUGAGACCACGUUGUUGUGGUCCGGCGCAGACCUCUCGGCCUCGUACUGGAGGCCUACAAAAGGGGUGCUAUAAUUGCCGGUCUGUUGGGCUUUGAAAUCGGUUUUUGUUUGACCAGAAUUUUAAUGAAUUGUUUUAAAUGAAAACUGUUAUCGCGUUGUGUUUUGCCGGACUCUAUAGGCCGGCCAUGUUUACCGUCGGGUUGUUUUGCUGUUAGCGGCGAACCAGUUAAUUGAUAUUUGAAUUUUAAACU